CCAUAUAUUUGUGAAACAUGUGGGAAAGGUUUCAGAACUUCUUAUGAAUCCUUGGUCCAUAUGAGAACCCAUACAAGUGAGAAGCUGUAUACCUGCAACACUUGUGGGAAGACAUUUAGUAACAACUAUGACUUGACAAAGCAUACAAGAAUCCACACAGGUGAAAAGCCAUAUUUUUGUGAAGCAUGUGGGAAAAGUUUCCGGACUUCUUACGAAUCCUUGGUCCAUAUGACAACCCACACAGGUGAGAAGCCGUACACCUGCCACACCUGUGGGAAAAAAUAUUAUUACCAGUCAGCCUUGAGUAAGCAUACAAGAACCCACACAGGUGAAAAGCCUUACACCUGCAACACCUGUGGGAAAAAAUUUAGUAACAAGUCAGACUUGAUUAAGCAUACAAGAACCCACACAGGCGAGAAGCCACAUUCUUGUGAAACAUGUAGGAAAAGAUUUGCCACUCGAAAAAACUUGUUGGUCCACAUGAGAAUCCACACAGGUGAAAAGCCGUAUUCUUGUAAAAUUUGUGGGAAAAAUUUCAGAACUUCUUAUGAAUCCUUGGUCCAUAUGAGAACCCACACAGGUGAGAAACCGUACACCUGCAACACAUCAGGCUUGAGUGUGCAUACAAAAACCCACACAGAUGAAAUGCAGAACACUUGCAACACCUGUGGGAAAAAAUGUAGCGACCAGUCAGCCUUGCGUAAACAUAGAAGAACCCACACAGGUGAGAAGCCAUACACCUGCAAUACAUGGGAAAAAAUUUAGUUACAAGUCAGACUUGAGUAAGCAUAGAAGAACCCGCAAAGGUGAGAAGCUGUACCUCUGUCACAUCUGUGGGGAAAGAUU